AUGGGGGAGGCCAAGCAGCUCAUAUCAAAGGAGAACUUCACGCAGUGGACAAAGGACUGUGGCGUGAAAUGCAUCCAAAAGCAGUACGACGAGAUGGCGAUUGCUGCCCUCAAGAAUGGCCGCAGCCUGCAGGAAGAGAUGGCCGAGCGUGGCUUCAAGGACUUCCACCAGUUCAGCAAGUCCUGCCCGAGGUUCAACAGGUACUGCUGGCCCAUUGAAUUCGCAGAGUUGGGCAGCGGAUACGUGCUGUACUUCCAGUUCCUGGCGUUUCUGACGCUGAUCUUCUUGACCCAUCUAUGUUUGCAGGCGGGCCAUCAAAUUGGAAAGAAGCUUGGAAGGAUUCGAGGGGUAACAGCGCUCAAAGGGGGGGGAAGGACAGGCUUUGGAAAGAAAGUCAAGAAUGGGGAACACACCCGCUAUGAGGUUCCUGUCUGA